AUGUAUUGUUCAAAGGCUGCUUUGUUUAUUCUUAAAAAGUAGCGAUUCAGUGCUUAAAGAUUUUUUACCAUUCUUCCAAUAAAUUUAUAAAGUAAUAAAUAUAAGGCUAUUAUCAAACAAAUAAAAAAUAACACACCUGCUUCAUUCAAUAAGGCAAUUCGACAAAAGAAAAAGAAAACUACACAGAAACACUUUUUAGUAAAAAAAAAAAAAAAAAAGGAUAUAUAAAAUAGAUUAAGCAAGGUUGCACUAAAUAGUAAUAAUUAUAUAAAUAGAUAAAUGUAGGUUAUAAGCAAUCCAAAUGGAAUAGACAGCUAGCACUAGAUGUUGCUCAACUUGUUCUAAAAUUUUAUUGAAAUUCAUUCUGAAGAUUACGAAAAUUAAUCGAAUCUUUCUUAGUUGCGGAAGUAAAUGAAUUAAAAUAUCAAAAGAGAGUGGAACUAUUUCAAGUGCUAAAUUAACGUAAACCCACUGAACACUGACAAGAUCACCACUUAUUUUCAUCUUUUAGAGAAGAGUUUAUUAGAAAAUAAUAGUCUUGAUAAUUCUCCUUCUCAUUCACCUACAAUAAGACCUUCAUAGCAUUAAAAAGAUAUGAGUGAAUCAAGUAAAUCUCCAAACACAAGAUUUCUUACCAUCAAUCCGAAUGAUGUACCUAAAGAUGCAUUCAAAAAAAAUUGUUUCAAAAGAAGUACCAAUGCUGCAUAAAACAGAAUUAACCUUAAUAGCAACAGCAAUGACGAAACAGCAGUACCUUCGAAUAGGAUUUAAUAGACUCAUGGAUAUUUUUCUCCUCAAAUACAACCUAGUUCUGACAGAUAAUUUAGUUAAAUGUUACAAUAAUUUGAGCAGAAUACGAUGAAAAAUGCACGAAGCCCUUAUUACAAUUAAAGUAGUUAAGUAAACUAGCAUAAUUUCACGAGUGCAGUUUAAUCAAGCAAUUAAGAUCCUUUUUAAUAAUAAAAAAAUAAUUUUAUCAAACCAUCUUAAUUUUAAUAGCAAUAAGGAUAUCAAAAUAAUUAUCAAAUUUAAAUUAACUCUAGCAGCAAUACCACCUCAGAAAAUAAUGCCAUAAAUUAAUAAAGAGGGUUAAUCAAAGUGGAUGAAAGCAACUUUAAUAGUCCUCCUAUAUUUCCUCUUGAAACAGUAAAUAAUCAAUAACAAUUACAAUUACAACAACAAUAGCAAGUGCUAUCAAAAUUAGAUAGUGAAGAAAACAGUGCAAGUAACAGUGAAAGUAGUAGCACAAGAAACAGCUAAGAUAUCAUCAAUAAUGUUUCAAAUAGUUAGCCAAAUAAUAAUCCAAACGGGAAUAUGUUAAAUGCUAACUAAUCUCCUACAUUGAACAACACGCAAAGCAAUACAUCUUUGCAGAUAGAAAACCUUAAAAAUUAAGCAUAAUAAUUUUAUAAGGAAUACAAAAGCCAGCAAAUAGAUUCUUAAAGAUCAACAUAGCAAGAUACUUCUAAGAAUAUAGUUUAAAAUGUUAAUUUAAUCAAUCCUCAAUCAUAGCAAAUAGGAAAUUAGAAAGACAGUUCAUCAAUUUAGUAACAAUUUUAAUAGCCAAUCUAAUAAGUUUAAUCUCCGAUUAUUCCAAUCAGCUAUAAUAUUUCUUACGAUUAAGAGAAAUAUAUAGCUACAAACCCAUAAAUAUAGGUAAAUAUCCAAGGGAAUAACCAAGGAUAGUAGCAUUCGCACUCGUUAGAUUAUAACCAAUAAAAUCUAAAUAAGUUAGCUUUUAACAAUUUUCACUAGUAUAGGGCACUUUCUCCAAAUCCUCAAUCAACAUAAAAUAAUAAUUUAUAAUUCGAAAAUAGAACUUACAGUCCAAACAGUAGACUUUAUCACAAUCCUUAAAUGUAAAAUUUCUCUUAAUAAUAGUAGCAAUUAUAACCUCCCUAGAAACAAACUAAAAAUGCUUUAAAUUAUAAAAAUAAGCUGCUUUAAGCAGCAAAUCAGGCCGUUCCUUUAAAUUAAUAUCAAGUUGGAUAAUAGUAAAAGAGCGAUUAAAGUAUAAACUCAAAUUCUUCAAGUAAUUUGAGUAUGACCACUAAUAACCUGACUUAGCCUUAGAGUUUGGCUUAGCAAUAUGGAAUGUAAGAAAACCAAUCAACUGCAACUGUAUAGAGAUACUAAUCUCCAUUACGCCAAAUAAGCUCUAUAAAUUCUCUCUAGCAGAUAAAUCAAAAUUAAUAACAAUAAACCUAAUAAUAACCAGUAAACAACAUCGCAGAAUAAUAGUCAAUAAUUGAUGAAAUGUUGAGGUACUAAUUCAAAAUAAAGCAAGUCCUCGAAAAAACUCAACUGCUUGAAACUUACAUGAAAAAUAAUUCAAGUGCAAUAAAUUCUUUAUUUAACUAAUGA